GCAGUCUCAACAUCUUGUUCACAGCUUGAGCUCAAAACCCAAGAAGUCAAAAUGUGCAAGGGACUAGCAGCCCUGCCCCACUCCUGCCUGGAAAGGGCCAAGGAGAUUAGGACAAAGUUAGGUACUCUCCUGCAGAAGCCUGAUGCCACCAUCGACCUGAUCAUACCAUAUCCCGACAAGCCAGAAAAGCCUGUGAAGACUCAAAAGCCAUCACCAGAAGAGGCUUUACAGUGGCGUGAUUCCCUGGAGAAGCUUCUGCAGAACAACUAUGGACUUGCCAGCUUCAAGAGUUUCCUGAAGUCUGAGUUCAGUGAGGAGAACAUUGAGUUCUGGAUUGCCUGUGAGGAUUAUAAGAAGACCAAGUCACCUAUCAAGAUGGCGGAGAAGGCAAAGAAAAUUUAUGAAGAAUUCAUCCGAACUGAGGCACCUAAAGAGGUGAAUAUCGACCAUUUCACUAAAGCCUUGACCAUGAAGAACCUGGUGGAACCUUCACCAAGCAGCUUUGAUAUGGCCCAAAAGAGGAUCCAUGCCCUGAUGGAGAAGGAUUCUCUGCCACGAUUCAUUCGGUCGGAGUUUUAUCAGGAACUGAUCAAGUAGCAAUGAGAAAGGCAUCUUGGGAGUCCUUUUCCCCCCAUAGCAACCUCUCUUCCCCCCCCCCCAAUAACCUAAAGUUUUCCAGAGUAGCCCUACCCCGAAGAUCACCAAAUCAUCCCAAGUGGUGUUGCUAAGAUGUUUUUCCCUACAUUGUUUUGGAUAUACUCGAAUUUGAUCCAUGUUCCCACUUGCACUGUCAUAAAAUCUCAGAAUUGGAAGACACCCACAAAGACUGUCCAGUCCAGUCCAGACCUGCAUGAGAAUCCUCUCCACUAUAUUCUUGAAGGUGGUCAUCCAGCCUCUUCUCUUCUUGUAUGAAUAGGACAUAACAGCUUCAGGAUCCAAACAGAUCAGUCACCGAAAUGCCCUGAAAAGGUUCCCCUGGUCAAAACUAAAGCAAGGGGAGAGGAGGAGAAUCAACUCUAAUGAAGGAUGUGGGUAAAUCUGGUCUAAAUAACACAACUAGAUGAUUCCAAAUUGGGCUGACAAUGGUCCUAAUUCUGUAAAGCUAGUUAAGGACUUAAAUUGAUUUUAUUUGUAGUUGUUUUUUUGUUGUUAUCAUGACCCAGAAGGGAUAAGAAUGCCAUUACUUCUUUGGUGGUUUCUGAACCAGCAUGGCUGUCCAGGAAGUGGCAGAGAUCUUGGAAAGUAGGCCACUCUUUAUUUUCUUAAGCAGAUAUUACAUGAGUUAUUGAAAGACAACAUAAUACAGUGGCUUAUAGAGCUGACCUUGGAAUCUGGAAGACCUGGGUUCAAGUCUUGCUCCAAACACAUACAGCAAAGGUGGCCAAUCAACUCUCAUAGAAUGCAAAUCACCAAACAAGUAUUGAUCUGUAUUCAUAGAGAAGGUUUCUUCUUUGAUGAUAGGUUUUAAAUUUUUUAAAUUGCUCUUGGGAGCAACUAGGUGGUUUUGUAGAUUAAAAGCCUAGCCUAGAGACUGAAAGACUUGGAUUCAAAUCUGGCUUCAGAUACUUCCUAACUAUGUGACUCCAGGCAAAUUAUUUAAUUCCCAUUGGCUAAUUCUUACAGCUAUUCUGUCUUAGAAGCAAUACACAGUAUUGUUUCUAAGAGAAAAAGUAUUUUGGGUUUUUUUUAAAAGAUACUCCAUAAAAUUUUGGAUAUUUCUUGAGUAUCUUCAUGUAAACUAAAAGUUAAAAAUGCUAUUUUCAAUCAUUUAUGUAUAAAAACAGCCUAAUAGAGUUCUGUAAUCUUCUUCCCUUAGAAAGAAAAUACUAGAUUAUACUAUACAAACAGCAGUCCAAUCGUAACAGUGCAGUCUUUUUUUAGUCCAAGGUCUUGGCUCAAAAUGUGAUUUUUUUUCAAAUUACCUUCUGUACAUCAGAAGGCUAAAAUUUCCAAAACUCCUAACAUCAAUUUGUGCAAAAUAAAGCCCACUUGUAUUCAAACUCAUUGUUAAAGGAAUGACAGGGGCAGAAUGCAGAACCAACUUGUGAUGAUUCAACCAAUAAAAUGAGAAAUUAUGUAGAUAGGGAGAAGGGGAUAGUGUUCUUUCUGUAACAAUUAUUCCAGAUCCAAGUCCUUGAGGUGGCCAACCUUUAUGCUAACAAUGUCUGAGACCAUGAACAAAUAAGAACAGUGAUAAUCACAGUUUAUCCUUUAAGGAAAGAUAAAGAUCUGAUGUACUCUCUUCUCUCCCAGUCAUCUCCCUCCCCCAACCCCGAACUGAAUAUUUUUACGGCAUAUUUAAUGUCGGCCAAUUGUUCUACACCUAGAAAAAGGGGAGAAGGUGUUUAAAAAUUAUGAAAUAUGCAUAUUUCCCUAAAAUAUAUACCUACAACCCAUUACCCAUCAUGCUCACUUAGUAAAAAAUGGCAUGAUCUUUGAACCACCCUUAUUUUUGUUAGGAAAAGUUACUUUGACUCUCCUUAGAGCUAGAGAGAGAUGAAGUAGUCAGUAUUUUCCAAAACAGUGUGGUCUCUUAGCAACCCAAAUCUUUCCCUAGUUUCUGCUCCCAGCACUAGAGAACUCAUAAUCACAGUAACCAUACAUGUCCCCAAGAUGCCUGACAUAGUCCUUAACUAAUGGUACCAAGGUAUUUUGUGGUAUGUUUGUACUCCUAAUAGUCUAUUUUAGUAUGGUAAACAACCUUAUUCUAUUUCUUCCCCCUGUAGUAGAUGUGCCAAAAUAAUCUUUCUUCAAAACUAUUGUGACAUAAAAAUGAAUCUGGAAUUCUGAGCACAUUGAACCAUGUCGUUGAACAAACUUGUGUGGGAAGCUGAGGUUUGGAUGGUGGAUCUCCCUCAGAGGAGAAGCGUUCUGAUGCUAGCAGUAGGAAUAAAGCAUAUGUCACACUUAAAGCAAAAAGAAUAAAUUGCUUAGUUUCCAGAAAUCAAUUUCCCCUUUCCCCUCCUUUUUUUUCUAUUUGUUUCUGUUAUUAUCUCAGGCCUCUAUUCUCAUAAAAUUAUUACUCUGUAGUUUUUUUUUUUUCCUUAAGGAAAAUAGAAGGAUUGUUAUAAUAUCACCUUGUUCAUUAAGGCAAAGCUAAUGCUAAUCCUAAUCCAACCCUACCUCCUGCAGAAUUUUCACAGGAUACUUCAUCUCUCCUGCUGAAACUUGGUUGGCAUCUAGCAAAUGGCAAAAUGGAGGGGUGAAGUGCCUAAACUAACCAAAAAUCACUGCCUACAGCUUCCUCCGUAUCUGCUAGAAUCUGUCCUUCUCGGUCAGGUACUCAACUUCAGACAACAAUCAAUCCAUCACAUAAUGGAAAAUGACACUGUGUCCAGACCAUGGUGUCAGUCCAUGAAAUCUUUUUUCCUGGUGUCACAAUUUGGAUGGCAUUUUCUCCCAACAGCUCAGGCAGCCAGGAUUUUUUUUUAAUUCAGUGGCUUAAAAAAAUGAACUUGGAAAGAGAAUGUGAAGCCCAGGUUUGAACAAUUUCUUGUCUAGUGGGUAGUGUAGACCAGCCACAGGAAAAGAAAACUCCAAGAAAGACUUAUUGGCUCCCAUUUUCUAGAGUUGCUGUCAAUACAGCCAAAACAACCCCCCAAAAAUUUUAUUUUCCAAUUUCUGUAAAAUUAGAGCUUUUACCUAAUAAGCAUACAAGUUAGUCCCUCCAUUCCCAUGCCUCUGAUUAAAGUGAAAUGUCCACAGAAGCUCCCACCAAUUUAAUUAUGGAGCUAAGAUUGAAUUGAUAGAAGUGAUAAUUUGUCAAUUUUAUUUUGGGAUGACGGGGCUCAGGCCUUCAUGGUGAGGGUCAGGGAAAAUGGGACCCUCUUUGGCAACCAGAGGUCUGAAAAAAAAUUGAGGAGACUUGGAUACCAACUUUAAUGGUGUCAAAAUGUUCAUAAAAAUGGGGAAAAUGAUUCAACCAAAAAUGCACGUGUUUCAUCUAGAUCAUACCAAAUGUCUGAUAGUUGAAUUUCUGUAGACCUGACUUGUCAGUCUUUUCUGCUUCUGUUUGGGGUCCCACAGGCAGAAGUUGGGUGAUCUUAGCAUAGAAGAUAGCUUUGGAUGAUGGAGUAGAAUUAUCAGGGAAAAGGGUAAGAACCAUUAGCUUUUUUCAUAAGCUGUAUUAGCAGGGGAACAAGGCACUGACAGGAAGUUUGUUGCAAAGUCUAUCAAGCCUGCUCUUUUCAGCAAACACUACCCCCCCCAUUAAAGUUGGUAGUGUUUUUAAUAGCAUACAGACAUCCUUCUAAUAAAUGAAGGAAAAGCCAACAAACAAAAGAAAAAAAUGCUGGAAGUCAAAUUGGAAAAACUAAAUACUUUGAAAUCUCUGAAGAAAUUUAUAUGAGAAUCUUUUAUUUAAAGAAUCAGACAAAAAGUUAAAAAAAAAACAACCUUGUGUUGCCAGCGGUUUCCAUAGAGGCAUCAUGAAAAUAAUUUCUAUUUCUGGAGAACAGAAAGAAUUGGGUUAAUCACUCCAGAAUUUUAAAAAAUGUAAUAGUCUUGCAUCUUUCCCCAACCCCCCCCCCCUUUUCCCUGGAGCAAAUUGCCUGGGAAAGUAGGAAAGUUAAAGACAGGGCAGCAUGGUGAUGCUUCCAUUUUCCUUCCUUGUGAAAAUGUAAGUCGCUGCUGUAAGUUGGCUUGGGCUGUGCGAGGUUGUGGAUGGUACAGGAACCCCAAAGGGGUCAAUAGAAGUGGGGAACAUGUUUCUCAUCCUGGAGAAAAAAAUAAAUGGAGACUAGCCCAGGAAAUCUGGCCUUUUAUUAGCUGGGUUUGCUAUGGAUUAGUGUUGGGUCAGAACAAGAGCUGAGGCAGGGCUGGGACAAAGAAAUAGAACAACAAUUGGGAAGUAAAAUCCAGGUUAUGUUGUUCUCUCUUCUUUGCCAAAAGUACACAUGGACAUAUUCAUGAGUGGACACAUAGAAGCACACUCUUUCUGUCUUUGCCUCCUAAAUGAGCUCCCAGAUGGAAAUCUUGUAAAGUGGGAGUUCUAUUUUCAGAGAAGCCAAGGUAAUUUAGCCAAAGCGCUGCCAAAAAAGAGCAAAAUGAAGCUAGAAAUGAAGUUCAGGGCCUCUUUCUUCCCUCACAGUCAUCUCCUGGCUAGACAGGGCUGCAUCAAUUGCAAAACCUCAGCCUUGGUGAGAAGAUUUCUUUUUUACAUAGUUUCUCCUUCUGUCUUUCUCCCAAAUAAAUUCAUUGUAUGCAAAAAUCAAGGCUGCCAUGCAGAUGGCAGUGGACAAACUGUGAUGUACAAAGGCAAUUUCUCUUAGGUUAAGAGUCCCUGGAUUCCAACUCACAUUAUUCAGGACCCAUUAAACCUCUCCACAUCUUUUAUUUAUUUUCUAAUUUCUGUGAAGUUAGAGCUUGUAUCUCAUAGACACACAAGUAAGUCCAUCCAUUUCCAUGCCACCGAUAAAAUCAAAACGGCCACAGAAUCACCCCCCUCCCCCGCCAACUUAAUUCUUGAGCCAAUUUUGAAGCAAUCUGACCUGGAUUGUGAUGUCACCCCUUGUUUAGGCUAACUAAAACCUUCUGGCUUCAAGGCACCGGAGCUGGCCUGCUUCUGGGAGCCAGACACAUUCCAGUACAAUCCUUUUCACUUCUCUUCUAUCCCUCAUCCUCUACUCAGUGCUAUGAUGACCGUGACGGACAGAUUCUUGUUCUCUCUUCCUCCCCCUGCAUACUUAAUCUGGCCAGGCUGCAUUUUUUUUAAUUUAAAGAAUCUUAAAGAGCACUGAUUUCAUCAUUAAGCUAUGGCUUGUAUGACAUUUGAUCAUCUUAUUGACCAAGAAUGUUUCAGAGAAAGAACUUCCUUCCAUAAAAAUGCCCUGUCUAGCUGCAUGUGGCUGCCCCCCACUCGGAGCAGAUGGGGUGAACUAGGCAGAGGUGUGCCACACAUAUGUGUCCACCAUCCAUUAAGAUGAAUCAAAGUUGCUUGCUAAGUUUUUACAAAUCACCAAGGGAAAAAAAAUCCUCCUAAUGGCUAGGAAACAAUUUUGAGCGAGCCAUCAGACCCUGAUUUAUACAAAGCCCCAAUGUCUGCCUGCUGUCACUUUUCCAAUUGUUUGGAAGGCACUUGCUUCUUAAUAAUCGGUACUCUUCACAGUUCACAGAAUGAUGGAAAAGUGGCUGGAAGGGAGAUGCUUUUUAACCCUGGGCAGCCUUCUGAUUGCAGAUAAGAACAGCUGGAGGCCAGGUGUUCCUUCCUGUUGGUCUGGAGUGGGCUGGGAGGCAGGCGGCUGGGUUGGGGGAGAGAGGCUGGAAAGUUUCCGUGACCCAAGGAGUCUGAACCCCAAGAGCCUGCUAACUCUUUGAGGGUUCCUGCCUGGGGAUCAUAGUGAAAUUCAACAACCCCCUGAGAGGUAUGGUCACAUGGUUGCACGUGGAGAGAGCCUCCCUCACCUUUUUCCUUCAAUCAUCCCUCCUGGAGCUGUUGCUGCAUCAGUCUGCGGUAAGCCCAUCUUCCUUCCCCAGGAGGCCUGCCAAAGGGGUUGACCCAUAAGACAUCUAGAGUUCCAUCUAAGGUAAUGUUCUUGAAACAGAGUGGAAGCCUGCCUAAGAUUUUAAGAGAAAAAAAUAUCCCCCCCAAAAAAUCCCAACCCUAACAAAACCCCUUAGAAAUUCUCUUUUUCUUUUUUUGAUGUUAAUCCAUUUACUCUCUAAUUUUUACUCAGCAAACUACAAUAUAUUCCCCCCACGUGCAUGCUCAAUUUAGAUGAGUUCCUUGAAGGGGUAUCUAACCAUCUCUCUUCCUUGAAGUUUCUCCUUUCUGCCCCAAAACGUCCUUGUUCUGCCAAAGAGAAACAGAGCUAGUGGAUGGGAACUAGCAGUCUGGAUGAGAAAAUGGUCCAUUUUACAAAUCUUUAUUACUACAAAGGGACAAGUUCAAAGUCACAUGGACAAAGGCAGAAUGGAGUGUCCGAGAAUUUGACAGUGGCUCCGAACAGUCCAACCGAGCCAUCCCGAUAAGGCUAAAGGGGCAUUUCCCCCUCCUCAAAAGCAGGACUUAGGGAGAGGGAUGGCCCCAAAUUUGCUCUUUUCCUAAACUCUUGACUUGACUUUGCUUUUGGUUCAUAUAGUCCAUGUCCUGUGAAGGACAUGGAAACUUGUCAUUAGGCAUUUAUCCGAUGACCAUCUACUGCAGGGCCAUUCAUUUGUGCCUUCCUCUUUUGUUUGCCAUUGCUUUAUGUACUCUGACAUAUGUUGUGAUAAAUCAGUCACCAAACUUAUAUUCUGUAACCAUUAUCACAUAUAUUACAUAUUAAAUUCAUAUCUAUAUGCUA